UACACUCUUCGAUCCCACCAGUUCGUUGGAUCGUUGUCCGCAGUCUCUAAUUAGUGACCAAUCGACCAGUCAACAUUUGAAACAAUGGCAAUACGUGCAGUCUUUCUUUUGGCAUUGUUCAGCUGUACACAAUGCAAAAAUUUAACAUGUAAGCAAAUACGGGAAAUUGUCGACGGACACAAUUUGCGCAGAUGGGCACUGGCGAAGGGCGAAGUGUCAGGCCAACCUGCUGCUUCUAGUAUGAAUUAUAUGGUUUGGGAUGACGAGCUAGCAGCGAAAGCGUCUAAAUGGGCGUCACGUAAUGAAUUUAAACAUAAUCCAGACAGCACAAUCGGUACUGGCAGAUUUGAGACUGGCGAGAACAUAUAUAUGUUUUCUACAACAGGUCGCAAUCUGAAGUUGAAUAUAACGGACUUCCUGGACUCUUGGUUCAAUGAAUACAAAUAUUACACCUAUGGAUCUCUGUCCGAUGCCGAUUUCGAAACGCCUGAUGAAAAACAAAUAGGGCAUUAUACACAGAUGGCUUGGUCCAAUUCCACUCACGUCGGGUGCGGGGUGUCACAGUUCGCCGGCGGUAAAUGGAAUAGUCAACUCAUUGUUUGCAAUUAUGGACCAGCGGGCAAUGUAAUUGGAGCAUCGCCUUAUAAGAGUGGGACACCUAGUAAAUCACUUAUAUGCGCCAUUGGUAACUGCAAAUCUCCAUACGGUGAUAAGUGUUAAACAAACCAAAGAUAUUAUAUUUGUGUCAGAAUAUGCGAGGUACUUGGGAUGCUGCAGUCAACGGCAGUGACAACAAAAAGACUUAAAUAAAAGUAUAAUAUAGUAAUAGAACAGUCUUUUAUAUAUAAGAAAAAACAAAAUUUAUAUAUACAUAUAAAUUUUACUGCGCUAGCCAGCGGACGAAAUCCAGAGUCCUGAACAGAUUAUUUUAUUGUUAGUUUAGCCACAAGCGUACAUUUCAUAGUACGUAUGUUAUCAACGUCUGAAAUAGCCGUCUUUUCAAAAA